UGUGGGUUGCAUCUAACUCCUGUCUGUGUAAUGUUUUUCUCUCUGCUGAGGCUUACUUCUCCAGCCUAUUGUUUGAGACAACAGAUAUAAGUUGCGAUGGGAGAGGAGCGUCGGAUUUGGUGUGUAUCCCCCAUUUCCAAUUAUAGAUGGAUCAUUACAGACAGCGGAGUCCUGAGAAGCCAGACAUCUGCUCCUCACAUGAAUGCACUCACCUCCUAGAGACCAGGCUGCCAUCAUGCUCUGGAAGCUCGUGGAGAAUGUCAAGUACGAAGAUAUCUAUGAGAUGUUAGUCCACACCUAUUCAUCCAUGGUGAGUUUGGAUUCACGUUGUACCAGAAUUGCAUGCUCCCUCCUCUCACUGUCUCUCUGUCUCUCGGUCUGUGUGCGUGUCUCACUCUCUCUGUCUCUGUCUUCCUUUGAGCGCCUUUGGCUUGGUAAUUUAGCACCAGCUCAGAUGUUGGUUAAACGGCACGAUGGCGUCCCGAGCCACAGCUCGCGGCUCUCCCAGCUGGGCUCGGUGUCCCAAGGACCUUUCAGCGCCCCGCCGCUGUCCCACACUCCGUCGUCAGACUUCCAGCCGCCCUACUUCCGCCCCCCUACCAGCCGCUCCCCUACCACACAGAGCCAGGACCCCUACUCCCACGUCAACGACCCCUACUCCCAACCACUGCACCAGCCCCAGCACCCCUGGGGGCAACGGCAGCGGCAAGAAGUGGGUUCCGAAGCCGGCUCUCUCCUGCCCCAGCCUCGGGCCGCCUUGCCCCAGCUCUCGGGCCUCGACCCCCGGAGGGACUACCAUUCGGUCCGACGGCCCGACGUGCUGCUGCAUUCGGCGCAUUCACGGCCUGGAUCAGGCAGGGUGACAUCUCUCGCUGCAGGCCUUGGCCAUCCCGGAAUGGAAGACGUCCAGUCAGUUGAAGAUGCCAAUAACAGCGGCAUGAAUCUAUUGGACCAGUCUGUCAUAAAAAAAGUUCCGGUUCCUCCCAAAUCUGUGACUUCUCUGAUGAUGAAUAAAGAUGGCUUCCUUGGAGGCAUGUCCGUCAACACUGGCGAGGUGUUUUGCUCGGUCCCGGGCCGUUUGUCUCUGCUCAGUUCAACUUCAAAGUACAAAGUAACUGUGGGGGAAGUUCAGAGACGGCUUUCUCCCCCUGAAUGCCUCAACGCGUCUCUCCUCGGCGGCGUCCUCAGAAGAGCCAAAUCGAAAAAUGGGGGGAGAUCUUUGCGAGAAAGGCUAGAAAAAAUCGGUUUGAAUUUACCCGCGGGCAGGCGCAAAGCAGCAAAUGUCACGUUACUCACCUCCCUGGUGGAAGGAGAAGCUGUUCACUUAGCUAGGGAUUUUGGAUACAUCUGCGAAACAGAGUUUCCUGCCAAAGCUGUUUCUGAGUAUUUGAACCGGCAGCACACGGAUCCCAGUGACCUGCACUCCCGAAAGAAUAUGCUGCUGGCCACCAAGCAACUCUGUAAAGAAUUUACGGAUCUGCUGGCCCAGGACCGGACGCCGAUCGGGAACAGCCGGCCCAGCCCCAUCCUGGAGCCCGGAAUCCAGAGCUGCCUCACGCACUUCAGCCUCAUCACGCACGGCUUCGGCGCCCCGGCCAUUUGCGCCGCGCUCACGGCCCUGCAGAACUAUCUCACCGAAGCGCUCAAAGGCAUGGACAAGAUGUUCUUGAACAACACCACCACUAACAGGCACACGUCUGGGGAAGGCCCAGGUAGUAAAACUGGCGACAAGGAGGAGAAACACAGGAAAUGAAAAAUUAAAAAAAAAAAAGAAAAAUGUUUUAAAUACAAAAGGAAAACAGAAAAAAAUUAAUUUUAGCUUUAAAAUAUUGGAUUGGCUUUGGAAGAAUUAUAUUAGGUAGAAUACACAUACAAUCAAAAUUAAAACAAAAAAGCUAAGUAACUUAAAAACUGAGGCAUACAACGGAGCAACAAUAUCGGUUCUCAGUGUCUAUUUCAAGAUACACUUGGAGACAACCGUCCGGAUUUUCCACUUCGGUUCUUUCGAGCUUAGUAAUACUGAUAAUAAAAGAAAACCAUGUUUUCCCCCCUCAUUUGGAAAAUAAAACAUAAGACUAAACAUGAAAAAACGCUAACUUAUUGGAAGAAAAUCGGAGAAACUGUUGCUGUCAGUGCUUUGACAGCUGGUUGACUGAGACGCACGAACUUCUUAAUUUUUAAUAUUUUUUUAGGAAACUGCCUCGCAGUCCCCGCCCUUCCCCCUCAGCUCAUCUCUCUCCCAACCACCCUUUUCUACGUGGCCCUCCCUUCCUCAAGCUGUCACGGGAAUCAUCCGGGAUGAACACGAGUGUGGUUAGCCCUUUUGCGUUGUGUUUCAGUCCCCUCAGUCACCGCCCCCCCCCCGCCCCGCCCAGUCCGGCCCUGCGUUUUAGACUCACCGGUGGCCAGCUCCCCGGCCUUUGCGUACUUAGGGAGGGCGAGGGCGAGGGCGAGGGCGGGCGGGGCGGGCGGGCCGCGGAGGUGCAGGCGGUGGCUGCAACUUGCAGCUUUUGGCGUGGGCCGGCCGAGCAGAGGCUCCGGAGGCUGAGGAAAAUCCGGACCAAUACGUUGAUUCAGACUCAUCAUCAGUUCCUUUAAGAAAUGUUACUAGUUCUCAGCCUUGCCAGCAUCUGCAUACAGAAAAUCUUGCAUUUGUUAUAAUUGUGUCAUCUACCAAUUUUAAGAACAAUAGUAAAAAAAAUAUGAAUACGUUGAUUAGUAUGUAAUUCCUUCGGAGGGGUAUGUACCAUUUCAUUCUCUUCUGUUUUCCAAAGCUUUGCCCGCAUGGUUUAUGAGCUUCUUCAAAGAGGACUGGGGCUUCCUACACAAUCUAUAAGGUACAGAGAAAAAAAAAAUCCGAUCCCUUUUUAAUCAAAGCCUGUGUGUCAGAAUUCUGCAGGUGCACUUCUUUAAAGAAGCUCAAAGGGAAUGAUUUAGAAAGUGGCCAAUAAGAGACUGAAGCAGCUUUGAGUCUAGUUGCUAACAAAUAACACGGAAUUCUGGGGGACGGUGGAGCUGCAAACUGAAUUUUAGGGGAGAAGAGUAAGGGUUCUUGGAGCCCAGUAUUAUAACAACAUUGCCCUGCCUUUAAAAUGGAUUUCUUGGGCCCUGGUGACAGCUGUUUUAGCGGGGAAAGAAGCAGCUUUGGGAGUGGUCGUGGGAAGGAGUGUGGUGCAAGCGCCCAUGUUUCAGCAACAAUUUGCUUGCUUACGAGAUGCUUAAUGAGUGAGGCAUUGUUUUCCCCUCCCAGACGUGCACUUGUUUGGGCAUAUAAUGGUACAAUAAUGCAAAGUGAAAGGAGAUGUAUUUCAGCUUUGAAUUUUACUGUCUGGAUACAUUGGGACUAUUCCCAGUGGAUAAAGUUUUAUGCGUUUAAUAUCUCUCACUUCUGGCAGCCCCGCUCCUUCCUCGGGCUUCAUCUGAGCGUUAUCAGGAAAUAAGAUCUGGAACCCAUUGUCUCCACCCUCUCAAAAGCAGUGGGAAAUCCCCUGGGGCGGGGGGGGGGCGGUGAGCUAGUUCUCUAAAUUUAGUAUCGAUACCCAGCACCUCUUUAUACAAAGUAGACGUUAGGAUCAACAUCCCUUGGAGAUAAAGAUCCAGAUGUCUUUGCAGGAUUUACAGUUAGGACCCCCUGGGACUCUCAGUUCUGCCGCCUGGAUGGGUCUUGGUCUUGGGGGAAGGUUAGAGGGCAGGGUUUAGGAACCUGCUGUGAGGUUUGCGCUGACAUUUUUAUGAGGGUGGGCCUUAGAGUGCUGGUUUCAUCACUAGAAGGGCCAAAGGAACGGUUAAAGUCACACCCCAGCCCACCUACCGCCAGUGCCUCUGGGGGUCUCUGGUUGUGUGGUGCUCAGCCUAGACGAGUGGAAGAAGUACCAAGGCCGGGAAUUAAACCUUAUGAAGAGUGUAGACACUCCACCUCUCCCCAGCUCAGAAGCCCGCGCCUUUGUCCAAGCGCUUGGCCGCUUGCAUUAGAUGUGUUCUGAUUGCAAAAGACCGGAAGAAACCACACUGAAAACCGUCGUCUCCUUUCCUUGCAGGGCAACGCGCCCCACGCGUGUGACGUGCGAGAGACGCGAUGGACGCGCCUUGCUCUUACUGUGCAGGGCCUGAAAGCGUGUGGGCCAAUCGCGCCCAGUCGUGUUGAGGACAUAGAAUCAGCCGCUGGAGGGGCCGCGGGCCGCGUGGGCCCUUCCCGCUCUCGGUCUCAUCUUAAGGGCUAAAGGGACCGAGAAAGCCCCAUUCUCCAGUAGGUAAUGGGGCGGCGCCCGGAGGGCUGCAGGCGGGGAGGGGUCUCCGUCCUGCCUAGGCCCUUUGCUACCAGCGGCCACUCCCGGGCCUGCUCCCGGAGGGCGAGUGGCCUAGAAAUAUCCGGGGAAUCGGAAGCUUUCCCCGCCUUUGCCAGGACGAAAACUCUCUCCAUCCUCACGCUCCUAAAGACCGGUGAUGGGAUAGGAAUUCUUCCUUGGCUAAGCAGGUUACCUCUGUCGCCCUUCGCCCUCAUUCGUGCGUCCCUCCCACGCCCCAGCUAAGUAGAGCCCUGGCGCGCGCGUCUCCUCCCUCCCACCACCCUCCCCGCGUGGAGAGAGCCCGCUGCCCCCUCCCUCCCUCACUUCUCCUUUAAUGUACGACCCCCCAUCCUCUUGCUUUCGUUAGCCAGGCCCGCUACAUUUACCUGAUAAUUGAGUUAUUAAAAGAUUUGGUUUCCUUGGACCCAUAAAUCAAUAAACAGUAGGAUUAACGCAAGAGUUUGCCUUUUAAGUCAAGGGAAACGUUUAAAGCAAGCCUUUUGGAGCUUUGUUUUCAAACCAAACAGGUGAGUUGCAGAUCUCCCCCCCCCAAACCUACACUCUUUCGACAAUUUAUCAUGCCGCUUGCCCCCUCCUAAAUGCUGGGUCCCAAACCAAAAGAGCUAAAGUAGAAAAGAGGAGUCAGGAUGUGGCGGCCGCUGCCCUCACACUUUCCACUUUGCAAGUUCCUUUGGAGGUUCUAAAAGUCUCCUGACCAUUGUCUGUCCAACACUGCCUCUUCCUACAAGUUCUGUGGGUCUCAGGGGAGAUAAAAACAAAGGCUAUUCCGGGUGCGGAUUCCAUCUCAAAGUGAUCUUUAACUUCUCCCUCUAACCCGGAAGGUAACCCUCCCCCCAGUUAUCUUGCGUUUUCUUUCCUUCUCUCUUGCUCCACAUCCUUAGCUUUCUCCACCCCCGCAUAAAGAACCGAAGAAGCUUUUCAAAGAUCUGGCUGUUUUAUUUUCUUUGGACAAGGAAACCACUUUCUCUCAAGCAAUUAUUUCAUAUCCUAAGAAAACUUUGGUCGAAUGGAAAACCUGAAACCCCGAACUUACCUACACACCGUUCCUCCAGUACAAAGCCUUACUUAAAAGGGCAACUCGUUCCUACUUGAGUGUUUAUAGAGAACUUGUCAUCACAUCUGAUAUUCUGUGUGCGUAAUACAUUAUAUGGAAAGGAAAUAACCUUAAACCAGCUGAUGUUGCCUCAAGAGUCCAGUGUUUCCCUUCCUAUGCGGACGUAUGUUAAAUUAUGGGGGAGGGGAGAGAAGAAAUAUCAAAAUUCAUUUUGUUUUCUUUUAAAGGUGGAAUGAACGCUAUUCUUUAAAUGCCAAAAUCGACUUCUCUGUUGAGUUGGUCUCUAAUUCACUAAUACUGUUUUUGCCACACAAUCGAAAAAUACCAAUCUAUUGACUCUUCAGGAGAAGAGCUCUGGAGGGUAACCAUGUUAAGUUUGUAUAUAUUUAUUUAUGCUUAAUUUAACGGGAAUGUGUAAAUAUGGCGAGCAAGUAGUUUGGGAUUAUUUAUCUGUGAAUCUAUACCUCUGUGAAUGGGUGGUUAAAAAAAAAAAACCGGCUUGACCCUAGGUAGAAUCCUAUCUGAAUUUUUCUGUUCUUUAUAGACAAGCUGUUAUGGUAAUGGGUAGAAAUUGGUUUAUUGUCCAGUGUUGAUCUGAUUUACAUAAAUAAAAAGAUUGUUGUGUUUUCAUCUUCAGUUUCUUGAAUAUGGAUAUUGUUUAUUUCUACAGGCAGGGAAAAAAAAACAAACAAGUAUAGCCAGAAGUUUUUUUCUUUUUGUCCCCCCUCACCGAAA